ACCAAUCAAAAUUCACAAAGAAAGUCACUCACACAAACACACACCUUUACGUAAAAACAACGCGAUCGCGAACUAGAAAAAGAAAAACAUGUACAUGUAACACAAAGAGUGAAAUAAUGUCAAUUUGUUGUAUUUUUUGUUGCGAUAAUACACGUAGAUUUAGUCUCUUUACGCGAUUGCAAUUAAUUUAAAGCUAUAUUCCAUUCGAACAGAAACCGAUCACAUUUAUUCGUUGGGUCACCGGAGUAAUUCAAUGGUUUAAAUGGAUCGCGAAGACGUGUACGAGUUUAUCAAACAGAUGAAAGAUCUGAUGUUAGAACAACUCCAAAUUGAUAUCGUCGAUCAUCUAUACGACUGCGGACACUUCACUGAAGAAGAAUACACAGAAAUUCUAUCGCACGAUACUCGAAGAAACAGACUCGUAUCUUUUCUCGACAAACUACCGUCCAAGACGAAAACAGCCUUCAACGAUUUCUUGGACCAUCAGAAAAAUUGGUAUCCUUGGGUACUGGAGGAGUACAAUGAUUAUUUGAAAAUGGAUAAUACCGACGCACUCCUGAUUGAGAAAACGCUCAGCGACGCUGAGGUUCCUUCGUUGCCAUUGAAACACGUCUCACGUCAAGAUGAGCUCAUUUUAUUAACCGAUCAUCUGCAUAGUAUGAAAAGAGGAGAGUACGUAGUGGUUCAUGGUAUGGGAGGAUGUGGUAAAUCAACGCUCAUCAUCGAAGCUCUACGUAGAAGUCCAUCGUUAGUUAUAGAUUCGUUCAAAAAUAAAAUAUUCUGGCUAAUGGUCGGUCGCGAAUCAGCUGUCAAGAAAGAAGCUUUGAACGAAGCUAAAGUGAAAGAAUUGACGAUACAGCAAGAACUGUACACCAAGCUCUUUACAACCGGUGGAUACAGCUCACCUCCAUUACCAUUAGACAACGAAGACGGAAAAAGGAAACUUAGAGACAAAUUAAGCGAAUCGGACUUCGAAGAAUGCCUUUUAGUGUUAGACGACGUUCCAUCUAGUAACUUUAUCGAAUGUUUGAAUAUAGGAUGUAAGAUAUUAGUUACUACCGAUAACGAAAACAUCAUGGACUCUGUGAAAGCAACCCACCCUAUUAAAUUCCUCAAGAUCGCCGAAGGAUUCACCGAAGAAGAGAGUUUGGGACUGUUUAAAAAGAAUCUCGAUUCUAGUAUUCCUUUCCCUACUCAAGCGAAAAAUAUUCACGCAUUGUGUAAAGGAUUCCCAUUGGCAAUGUCGCUGAUCGCUUCUCAAUUGGCUGAAUUCAAAAACGACGUUGAAAAUAACACUUAUCGUUGGGACGCGUGCGUCAAACAUUUAAAGAACAAAGAUAUCGAAGCGGCGAUUGGUCGUUGCGAUAAACAUAGACAGGAGCAGAUAACAUCAUUGCAUAAAGCUCUCGAAAUGAGCAUCGAUAGUUUGUCUCCGGAGUUGCAACAAUAUUACCAAGAUUUCGCUCUAUUCAUGGACGACGUUAAUAUCACACCGCAGGUUCUGGUAACUUUAUGGAAUCAAGAUAAGCUAGAAGUAGAGAACAUAAUGAAAGCAUUCGAAAAGAAAUGCCUCGUGAUUAGUACGUGGAAUACUCAACUGCGAUGUUACGUUUACGGAGUUCACGAUUUAUUAUUAGAUUAUUUGAAACGAAGACUGACAUCGAUCGAACUCCAGGCCCUGCAUCAGAAGCUGAUUAAUCGAUAUCGAGAGAAAUUCGGUCAAGAUUUCGUCAAGUUCCCUCGCGACGAUAAUUAUAUCUUUUUAUACCUGGGAUAUCAUUUGAAAGAGGCCGGAUGUUUAUCCGAAUUUCCCAAACUGUACCUCGAUCUCGAAUUCAUCGAAACUAAGAUCUUGAUUCACGGCGCCGCCGACGUUUUGUACGAUUUCAAGAAGUACAAAGAUUUCAUUACAACGACUGAAAAUAAUACCAAAAAGUACGAAGAAUUGUACAGCUUCGUGAGCCGAAUCGGUAUUUGUCGAGUUUUGAGCUCUAGCGACAUCGUUCAGUUCGCUUUGGCUCAGUGCAAAGAGUCGUACGUUUAUAAAAUGGGCGAAGAGAUGGCCAAAAAGUCUGAUAAGAAGUACUUCGAGUACCUCACCGAAAUACCUAAGGAAUGUUCGUCACCCGAUGUUCAUCCGUUGCGAGGAGAGAAAAUCACAGCUGCUAUUUUCACCAGCGAUGGGAACGCUAUCGUAGCCAAUGCGAACAAUCAGAUAAAAGUGAUCGAUAUGAAAACCCACGAGACGAUAAUUACGUACGAAGGUCACGGUGAAAAAAUCACCCGUUUGGCGUUAUCGAGCCUUAAAGUGUUCUUUCUAUCUUCGUCCGAAGGCUGCGAAGUCAAAAUAUGGUACUUGAAUGGGUACGGUGGCAAAGAAGCUUUCGAAAAACCACGCACGCCUUCGCCUUCGUUAUCUCAAAGAGCAUGGACAGAUAAUUUCCUAAAACAACGAGUCACGGCUGAGAAACCCGUCGAGGUUUUGAGACAACAUUCGCUACCGAUCACCGAUGUCAAUUUUUCUCCCAAAGGAUUGAAUAUCGUUACAGCCAGUCAGGAUAAGACUAUUAUUGUGUGGAACCUGGAAAUUUUGAAAAAUAAGUCUGACUUGAAACUUCAACUAAUCGGAACUGCUGCAUCUAGACGAGUUAUCCAUGUCAAUGAACUGGUCACCAGCUGCUGUUUCACCGAUGACGAAAAAUACGUUAUCUGCGCUACGAAAGAUAAUCUCAUUAUGUCGUACGAUACGGAAAAAGGCGAAGCUCAUUCAUGUACCAGAGUUGAUUUCACGGUUAAUUCUGUAGCUUUUCUACCGAAUGCACUGUCCCUAGUAGAAUUCGUAGUGUUAGGUGAGAAUUAUAAAGCAGUUUACGAGAUUUUACCAGAUGGGAGAAGCGAAGUCAGGCUCAGAGAGGAACAAUACAGCACAUUGAGUCGUCACCGACAAGACGAAUGCAUUUGCGCUGCUGUUUCUAGUGAUGGAAAAUAUCUCGCUCUGGCUCCUACCUUUUACUGCAUUAUCGUUAAAGAGAUCAGGACUAAUACGGAAGUGGCCAAAUUCCACGAAACUAACGGAAAAAUAUGCAGUAUAAGUUGGUCGUUCGAUAAUCGAGCCAUAAUGACAACCUACGAAGGCGCUUUAUUCAAAGUGUGGCAUUUGCCCAAAGAGACUGACGAUAAAAUAGUGAAGUUAAAAGCUUCGGUUUUCGACGCUGCCUGGAUUCCGGAUCAAGAAGAUAAAGACGAUCAGAACGACGAAUUAUUGGUGACGGCUGUGCUCGAUACCGAACAUAAUAUCAAUAUUUAUCACGACUUGCAACGAAACAAGAAGAUCUCGAAACAACCGCCGAAUAGUGGAGAUAUUUGCAAAAUGUGCGUGUGCCCGGUUAAUGGGAACGUGAUUUACGCCUGCAAAGACGGUACCGUAGGAAUAAUCGUGUUCGAAGAUACCAAAUCGCAGUUCGUUUCGAGAGUACCGUGUAAUAAAGUACUGAAAUUGAAGGCGUUCUCGCAUGGAAACGCUACAGCGGUCUUGUUGCUGGUGGAGAAAGUACCGAAGAAGUGCAAAUUAGUAGGUUGGUACAACGACGGUAGCAUGGGAGAUACACCUGGACAGCUGGGUAAAGAAAUCGUAUACGUUGACGAAGGCGAAUCCAUAAUCGACUUCAAUGUCGACCUCGAACGAAAUCUCGUCUACGUGGCGAAAUAUAAUCAAACUUUCGACGUAAGUAUUUUUGAUCUCAGAGACGCCAGUGACCUGAAACCGAACAACUUCAGCGACGGCGACGACGAUUCGGAAAACGACGAAGAAGGUACCGAAGCCGCCGAUUCAAAUCAGGCCAAAUUUGCUGAUUUUUCGCCUCUGUUCAGCUUCAUGGUUUCCGGAAACGAUUCGGAAGUAUUGCUGACUCGAUUGACCGACUGUAAGAGAUGCUCGAUGCCAAUCGACAGCAAAGAGAUUCCGACCGUGUGUAAAUUGAAUCGUGACGAGGAAUAUGUCGCCAUUGGAUACAAAUCUGGUCGUGUGAAGGUUCACGAUACGAAGACGAAGAAGGAAAUCGAAUUCGAUAAAUUAGCCAAUACGUACGCAGUUUUCGACCUGACGUGGUCCAGUCGUGAUAAUAAACUUAUAGUAAUAUCCGAUCGAGAAAUAGCCUUAUACGAUGUGUCAGCUGAAGGCUGUCGUUUAAUCUCAGUUGUGUACUUAUCGGUCGAAAAAGCCGUAGUUAAUAAGUUAUUUAGUCGAAUUGUUAGUAUUGAUAACGGCGGGCAUUUCCACGUAUUGAAACUUUCGUUUUAAUCCUGUGAUGAUAUUUUUUUAGCCCCCCCCCCUUCCUUUUUUUCUGUCUCAUUCCGUUCUUUUAUAUUUAUUUUUUAGAAUAUUCUCGUUUUUAUACCAGUUUUCUAUAUUUCUAGUAGACAUAUCGUUAUUAAUUAUUACAAUUAAUUUGUUUUAUAUUGAUAAGGUUUAGUUAAAUACCGAAUCUUUCUUCUUUUCCUUUUACGUUAUUAUUCUCUCGUUGAAAAGUGUUAGCGAAUUAUACAUUAUAUAUUAUCGAGCUUCUUGGUGCUGUCCAAGUACAUAUAUAAAGUGAUACGAGUACGGAUAAGCUUAAUAUUAAUGAAAUCAGGUGGAAAUUUACGAUCCAGGUUAAUUCAUUCCUCUUUUUUUUUCGACAAUUGUUAUUCGAAUAGUUUUAAAAAUAAUAUGAUCUUAAUUUGAAUUUUUUUUUAUAAGCGAGAAGUACUGAUUUGAACGAUAAACGUGUGAUAUCGAGUGAAAAUAGCGUAUUUAGAAAAAUUUUUUAAUGGAGUCUAUGAUGAUAAUGUAAAGAAUGGCAAUAGUCAAUACGUAGAAUCGAACAAUGUAAACAACCGUGUAGUCAAUAUCUGUUUUGUGAGUUUGGCUGCAGUAUUAUUUAAUAUUAUUUAUUUAUAUAAUAUUAUGUGUUUCUUUUUUAAAAUGUCGUUUUCCUUCGAGCUACGUAUUAAUAUUACGAAUUUUAUAUACGUAAAUGUUUGUUUAAAAUUAUUUGCAAUGGGUUUUUUAUCCUUAUGUAUGUUAAUGAACAAUGUUCUCAAUUUCUUCUCCUUUCGUGUGAUUCUCUUUUCUCCGACGUGUUUUGAUGUUAGUAAAAAUAGUGAUUAUGUAUUCACCAACGACUGUUUUUUCUGUAAUCUGUUCUUGUACUUAACUGGUUUUCCUCUUUUGUAAUUCUCGUGUUUUUUUUCACUCGUAUUGCUCUCUUUCUUUUUCGCAAUAUUUUGAAUAAAUGUUUUUGUGCGUCGAA